AUGUCUUUCUCCCGGUCCCUCGUGGCCGCGGUUGCCACGCUCUCACUUGUGACAUCCACGCAUGCCUGGAACGUGGAGUUGCCUCCUUGCCUGGACAAGUUUCAACCUUUUGUCUACUCCGGUUGCUUUCAAGAUGGCGGCCCUGGUAAUCCUAAUGCUCUCAUCUUCCGCUCAACUUUGCCUUCGAACAAUAUGACUGUGGAAGAAUGUGUUUCAGAAUGCAAAGGCAAUGGCUUCCGUUAUGCUGGCCUCGAGUACUAUGGUGUUUGCUUCUGUGGUGGCACUGUUGACGGACCUCAGCUCGAUGACUCUCAGUGCAGCUUUCCUUGCAACGGCAACAAAUCUGAGACAUGUGGUGGAAACAACAUCCUCUCCGUCUGGCAAGACCCGACAUUCCCUACCAAACAGGUCACUAUCGGUGACUACAAGGCUGCUGGCUGCUAUUCGGACAACUCGCAACAAGGUCGUGCCCUUUCCUGGUCGGCAAACGUUGACUCUUCCACCUUCACCACCGAGUCUUGCUUGGCUGCCUGUGAGGCAGAAGGCUUCCCAUUGGCUGGUACCGAGUAUGGAAGCGAAUGCUGGUGUGGUAACGUUCUUGCAAACAGCACCGUAAAGGUAGACGACUCGCAGUGUAAUUUUGCCUGCAAAGGCAACUCCUCAGAGACCUGCGGUGGACGUGGACUCUUGGACCUGUACAUUGCCACAGAUCUUGAGUCUUUGGAGCCAUGUGGCUGGGUGCCUCCCUCCAGCAGCAGCACAACUUCUUCAGUCUCGACAACAACACUACCUCCUUCUAGCACCAGCACAACUUCAGACUCAACAACAUCUCUGCCUCCCACUAGCACAAGCACAACUUCUUCAGACUCAACAACAUCGCUGCCUCCCACUAGCACAAGCACAACUUCUUCAGACUCAACAACAUCGCUGCCUCCCACUAGCACCAGCACAUCCUCUUCAGACUCAACGACAUCGUUGCCUCCCACUAGCACCAGCACAAUCUCUUCAGUUUCUACAACAUCGCUGCCUCCUCCUCCACCAACCUCAACCACAGACGAUUGCGAAACGACUUCCACGUCUUCCACGUCUUCAACGUCUUCCACAACUUCCACGAGCACUACUUCACCGCCCCCUCCCCCUACCACUACCACUACAACCUCCAAAAGUACUAGCACCAGGACCACCAGUUCUCUGUGCACGGCUACCGUCACCACUCCACCUUCUUGCGAGUACAAGUGCGGUGACUGGUGUUUCCCUCCUCUGCCCGACUGGAACAAUCAAAAGGACUGUCUGAAGGCCUAUGCUACUUGUGCUGCUGGUGUCGCCUCUUGCUUCUCUCAGGCUGGCUUUCCCGGCGCUCUCCAAUGCUUCAAUUUUGGCCUGUGGUGCAGUGGCAUUGCGCAGUACUGCAGUACGACCUGUGUGCUCGGGAAAUGCUCCAAGGGCGACUGCUGGAACCACAACCCCGGCCAGGGUGGCAGUCCUCCCAAGACGACUACCACCGUCACUCCAUGCUCUGCGACCACGACAACCAAGCCUCCGGCCACCUCAACGACGCCUACCCAGUGCCCGCCUCCUCCCACCAACAUCUGCACGCAGCCUUCCAACUCCAAGUACGGAUACGGUCCAGGAAACCCCGUCGGUGGCAUCUCUCUGCCUCUUGUCAGCUGCAAUGACAUCUACAGCGACUGGCGCACCAACCCUUUCAAGCUGUACAUCAACCAGAACAGCCAGAAGUGCCCCUCGUACCCUCCCUCAGGCUGCGGCAAUGCUUGUUCAGAUGCGUGUAAGGAGCAAUACACGCAAUGCACAAAUGUCUACCAGCAGGGUUGCCAGCAGGGCUCCAGCGGUCGAUUCAAGCGCGGCGAGGCAGCCAAGCGUUUACUCGGCAUCAGCCAGUUUACAGCGAAAUGGGGCUUUGGAGACAACACUCCUUCCAACGCGGCCAAGAAGUGCCAGGCCCAGUACCAAGACUGUCUGGCUGUGAACAAGAAUGUGAACCCUAAGCAACAAUGCAAGACAUGGGGCUGGUAA